AUGGUCUGCCCACAAAAGGAAGAAGUGCUCGAAGUCCCGAUCGACGAGUCGGAUCCAAGUAAAGUGCUACGAGUAGGCGCCUAUCUAUCGGACGAGAUGCAGCGUGCUAUCCUGGAUUUCCUGAAGCAAAACUUGUCUACCUUUGCUUGGUCAAUGUCUGACAUGCAAUGGAUCGACCCGUCCAUCACGACUCACGAGUUGAACGUAGAUCCGAAUAUUAAGCCCAUCCGACAGAAGAGACGAAAGUUGGGUCCCGAAAGAUCCAAAGCAGUCGUCGAGGAAGUCGAACGCUUACUGAGCGUGGGCUCCAUAACGGAAGUCCGUUACCUGGAAUGGCUCGCCAACCCAGUGGUCGUCAAAAAGAAAAAUGGCAAGUGGCGCAUGUGCGUCGACUUUACCGACCUCAACAAGGCCUGUCUAAAGGAUAGCUACCCGCUCCCGAACAUCGACAGACUCGUUGAGUCAACUGCCGGCAAUGAAAUGCUCACAUUUAUGGACGCUUUCUCAGGAUACAACCAGAUUAUGAUGCAUCCGGAUGAUCGAGAGAAGACGUCGUUCAUAACCGAUCGAGGAACCUACUGCUACAAAGUGAUGCCUUUCGGGCUGAAGAAUGCCGGAGCGACGUACCAGCGACUUGUCAACCGUAUGUUCGCUAAACAGCUUGGUGCAACAAUGGAAGUCUACAUCGAUGAUAUGCUCGUCAAAUCAAUCCGAGCUGACGACCACCUAACGCACUUACGGGAGUGUUUUGACAUCCUAAACACGUACAAAAUGAAGUUAAACCCAGCCAAGUGCACAUUUGGCGUGUCAUCCGGAGAAUUCCUUGGCUACAUAGUGACACAGCGGGGAAUUGAAGCAAACCCGAAGCAAAUAUCAGCCGUCCUCGACCUACCCAGCCCGAGAAACUGCCGAGAAGUCCAACGACUGACCGGCCGAAUCGCAACACUCAAUCGUUUUAUCUCCCGAUCCACCGACAAAUGUCUCCCCUUCUACGAUCUCCUCCGAGGAAAUAAGAAAUUCAUCUGGGACGAUAAGUGCGAAGAGGCUUUUAAUCAGCUCAAGCACUACCUGACGACGCCUCCGAUCUUGGCAAAGCCAGACGUAGGCGACGUUUUAUCCCUCUACAUUGCAGUUUCGUCCGCCGCAGUCAGCAGUGUACUAAUCAAGGAGGACCGAGGAGAACAACGACCUGUUUUCUACAUGAGUAGAAGGAUGACCGGACCAGAAACCCGACACCCGACAGUUGAGAAGAUGGCCUUGGCCAUUGUCGAAUCAGCGAGGAAACUCCGCCCCUAUUUUCAGUCGCACUCGUGGGCGAUUGAACUCGGAGAGCUCGACAUCACUUACAAAUGUAGGACACCCGCUAAGGCUCAAGUCCUCGCCGAUUUCCUCGUGGAGUUAUCCCCGGAACUCGCUCAAGAUUUAGAAAACUCAGGUUCAACCUGGAUCCUGCAUGUCGACGGUUCCUCGACAAACAAAGGCUCAGGAGCAGGAGUUCAACUUCAAUCUCCAUCGGGAGAACUCAUUCGACAGUCGUUCAGGUUUGGUUUCCCGGCAUCAAACAACGAGGCGGAGUACGAAUCGCUCAUCGCUGGCCUUCGUCUCGCAAAAGCAGUCAAAGCUAAGUGGCUCAGUGCAUACUGCGACUCACAGCUCGUUGCCAGUCAGUUCAGCGGUGAUUAUGAUGCGCACAACGACAGAAUGGACGCUUACCUCCGAGUCGUACAAUCGUUAGCUAAAGAGUUCGAAUUCUUCGAACUCACAAAGGUUCCUCGCGGAAAGAAUGUAUGUGCCGAUGCAUUGGCAGCACUCGGAAGCAAGCUCCGCGAUCAAGUCAAAAGGACUAUUCCGAUCCAUCGAAUCGAAAAACCAAGCAUCGACAUCUCAACGGAGGCAGCUAACUUCGUCACUACGGAAUCCGAAACAACGCCCUUAUCUCCGACCAAUGACGACUCCGAGAUGACAGACCAAGAUCAGUUGAUACUGGACUGGAGAACUGAAUUCAUCCAGUAUCUCACCAAGGGCAUACUUCCCACUGAUAAAUGGGCCGCGAGACGAUUAAAGAGACGCAGCGCGCACUACGUCGUCAUAGAAGAAGAACUCCACCGGGUAACAGCUAGCAAGGUCCUCCUCAACUGCAUUUUUGGCGAGCAAACGCAGCUAGUAAUGGCCGAGACUCAUGAAGGAGCAGGCGGUAACCAUUCCGGAGGCCGAGCACUAGCUUUAAAAAUUCGAAACUUAGGAUUCUUCUGGCCAACUAUGAAUACCGACUACGAAGCGUAUGCUCGGCGAUGCGACAAAUGUCAAUGA